CCAGACAACCACCGGCCAUCUAAACGACACGCCUGGCCUCUGAGGAAGAGCGAGAUCCUUUUAAGGCAACAGCUGAGCCAACGGAGCCCAUCGUGUUGCUGCUGGAGCCGUUCCCGGGGGGGAGACACUCCGGCUGCAGCCCCCGCCCCCCUCGAUCCUUGCUCUCUCCUCACCAGCUGCUGGGCCCAAAAUAAACCUCCCCUCCACAACCAUAUUUGUGCAAGAGACCCAGGAGUGCCUUGGAAGCGGGUCUGUGGCCGGCAGGAGCGGGCUCCCUUCCCGCUCGCACUCGGGGAGAGGGAUGCACAUCACGCAGCUGAACGGGGAGUGCCUGCUCCACCUCUUCUCUUUCCUGGACAAGGACAGCCGGAGACACUUGGGCCGGACAUGCCGCCGCUUGCUGGCGGUCUUCCGGGAGCCCUCGCUGUGGCCUCUGCUCCAGUUCCACUCUCCCUCGGAACUCACCAAGGGGAACUUCGUGCUGGGGCCGGCCCUGCGCCACCUCUCCAUCUGCUGGCACUCCAGUCGCGUCAAAGUCUGCAACGUCGAGGACUGGCUGAAGAGCGCCUUCCAGAGGGACGUCUGCAGCACCCACGAACACACCGUCAACAACUUUUUGCUCCAGGUUUGCCAGAGGUGCCCAAAUCUCCUAGCCCUGAGCCUUUCGGGCUGUGGCCAUGUCACGGAUGAAGCGGUGGCGUUGCUGCUCCAGAGCUGCUCCUUCCUCAAGACCCUCCAACUGGAAAACUGCGUCCGGAUCAGCGACCGGACUCUGGAAGCCGCGGCCCUCUACGCUGGCUCUUUGCAAACACUGCGGGUGGACUUCUGCAGGAACAUCACCCAGGCUGGCUUGCAGAGAUUCCGGGAAAAGCGUCCCGCGGUAACCCUGAAAGCGGAGAGGAGCGCGGACAUGAUCCCAGACCAAAAACCGGGCAACAACUGGAUGUCUGACAGAGCAGCAAAGAAACUGCUCUGGUACUAGGAGUGUCCUGUUACGGGUGGGCUUGCGUUCAGGGGUCGUGACCACGUAAGCAUCUGUAUGGAAACACUCGGGCACAACCACUAGGAAAUCCCCCUGCGUGAACCCACUGUCAGUGUGAGGACGUCAGCCCGUCUCUAGAGGGCCUUGGGUUUCCGUUGCCUCGAAGUGGUAGAAGGCUAGAGGGAUGCCACUCUCUCUCCGUUUCCUUUUCACAAAACAAGGAGCUCAGUAACCUGUUUGCACAAUGGCUUCUGAAAGAGAUCUCCCUGGGAAUUCUGGACCAGCACAACCGACAGGUGACGAGCCAGCAGACGAUAAAACCAUGUACAUUAUUCCCACUUAACGCAAACAUCUCAACUUGUGAUCAUCUCUGAAAAACCCCAAGCACUGGGGAAAGAACGCGCACCUCUCAUCUCCCAAAAGCUUUGUAUGUACCAUACCUGUUGAUUUCUACUGAAAUAAAUUAUUUGGUGAAAAUAAAACCUGCACCUCAAUGCCCAUUAUCCAGCAGAUCUCUCUCUCUCUCUCUCCCUCUCGUCUUCCCUACGCAGCCCCCACCCCCUUCCCUGAGACUUUCCCCAACCUUCCAGUACUGAACAACAAACUAUCCAAAAUCACUACAGGAUGAAAUUGCAUCCACACAAUUCUGUCUCUGUCCUUGCAGCCACGGAGUUCACCACACAGCAAAAAAAGGACUAAAUUUUCUGAUUCACAAGCAGAAGCAACAGGCGGUCUGCGUCGGCAGAGACGGCCUGGCAUCCUGCAUUCUGUCUCUCUGUAGGAUCCGAUAAGGCUAGAACAGCAGGUAAGGUCCGGCUUCUGCCUUGGCACUCCACAGGGUGGCCAUGCGUACAUCCAUCUUUCAGCGCCCCCAGCUCAGCCAGCUGAUGUUGAAAAGACAACCGGGAAAUCCCCCCCCCCC